CGUAACAGCACCACUCUACGUAAAGUGCAGUACCAACGCCUGGAAUGUCUCCACGUAUCGGCUAAACGGCAACACCACGAGUAGUGUAAACACUGUAUACCCUGAAUUGGAAUCGUACCACGAAAUGGAUCUGUGGGUCAAUAUUUAACUGUUUGUACUGUUUAUUUACUCACGAACUGGCCACUCUUAACCAAGUAUAUGACAUUCGGCGCUCGGUUCUCGCGGCUUCGGGUCCGAAGUAAAGCUAGUUCGAAAACAUGACUUCUCCAAAAUUAACACUGUUAAUAUGUCUGUCCAUCUGUCUGUUCGGAAUCUCGGAACAGACGGAAUCUAAGUACGCGGACAAACUUCUCUUGGUUUCUAUGGACGGUUUCCGGUGGGAUUAUCUAAAUAGAUUCGACACGCCAAACUUUGACAAAUUUGCUCGAAAUGGCGUGAGGGUCGACUAUAUGAACAAUUCGUUUAUAACCAAGACGUUUCCGAAUCACUACACCAUAGUUACAGGGGUGUAUGAAGAAACUCAUGGAAUUUUAGAACACCACAUGUACGACCCUGUGUUUGACGAAACGUUCAACUUGGGCAAGAAAGACACGAAAUGGUUUGAUGGGGCAGAGCCCAUCUGGUGCCGGGUGAAGCAGUUCCACCUAAAAUCGGGAACUUACUUCUGGCCCGGUAGCGAAACGGAAAUCAAUGGCUUACGUCCGGAUAUAUAUCUGCCAUAUUCUGAUGACACGCCUUUCCGGAAACGCGUCAAUGAAGUCAUGAACUGGUUCGUUAAUGAGACCUUGAACUUCGUGACGCUCUACUUCCCCGAACCGGAUAAAACAGGACAUGAGUUCGGGCCGGAGUCACCGGAGAUCCGGGAGAAGGUUAUGGAGAUGGAUGGAAUUCUGGGAUAUCUGAUGAAAAAGUUACAAGAAAAUAACCUGACUGACAAAGUGAACGUUAUAGUAACAAGCGACCACGGCAUGUUUCCAGUUGAUGUAAAAAACAAGGUUGUGGAUAUCUACGAUUAUGUAAACCGAUCCCAAAUCCUAAGAGUUCCAUCUACACUCACUGUGGCUCAAAUCCAGCCCGUGGACGGACAGGUGGACGCGGUGGUUGACCAACUGAGUAACGUGUCUCACAUUACGGUAUACCACAAGCGAGACAUCCCAGACCGACUCCACUACAAACACAACAGGAGAAUUAUGCCAGUGUUGGUCAUGGCUGACGAAGGAUGGCUCGUAACCGAUAACAGAACCAAGCUCGCUGAACGUACAAAGUACAAAGGGACACACGGCUGGGACAACAGCCUCAUGUCGAUGAAGCCAAUCUUCUUAGCCAGUGGUCCAAACUUCAAGAAGAAUGCCCAAUUUGGACCAAUCAGGAACGUCGACAUAUAUCCUCUGAUGUGCGAACUCAUGGGAAUUCCCCCAGGACCGACCAAUGGUAGUCUUGAACGCGUCAUCGACUUUUUGGUUCCGUUCAAAGUAAAUGCAGCCCCAUCAGUCUAUAUUCAGUGGUUUCUUUUGUUACUGGCGCCAAUUGUGAUGUCUUAACGAGAACAUAAUAACAUAUGUGUGUUUUGUAACCUCUAUAAGUGCACCGUUCUGUAAAAAAAAUGCAACACAAAUACGCACAACGCUUCACUAUUGUUUGUUUUAUAUCACAUUUCAUAACACUGUCAAACACUAUUAUUAAAAUAUGUGUAUGUCUUUUGGGUCUUUUUUAAAUAAAUAAAUAUUUU